CCUGUGAGUAUGGGAUGGUGCAUGUGGUCCCUGAGGCUGGGACCAUCAAAGGCAAAGACUACUGCAUCCUGUACAACCCGCAGUGGGCCCACCUGCCGCAGGACCUCAGCAAAGCGUCUCUCCUGCAGCUGCGCGACUGGACUGCCUCCCUGCUCUGCUCCACGUCGGACCUUCCUGUCAAUGGCUUCAGCAACCAGAUCCCGCUGGUGACUCGGGGGAACUGCACCUUCUACGAGAAAGUGAGGCUGGCCCAGGGCAGCGGGGCACGGGGGCUGCUCAUCGUCAGCAGGCAGAAGCUGGUCCCCCCUGGGGGCAACAAGACACAGUAUGAUGAGAUCGGCAUUCCCGUGGCCCUGCUCAGCUACAGCGACAUGCUGGACAUCUUCAGGAGCUUCGGACACACGGUGCGGGCAGCACUGUAUGCCCCCAAGGAGCCGGUGCUGGAUUACAACAUGGUCAUCAUCUUCUUCAUGGCCGUGGGCACAGUCGCCGGUGGGGGCUACUGGGCCGGUAGCCGGGACGUGAAGAAAAGGUACAUGAAGCACAAGCGGGACGACGGCCCUGAGAAGCAGGAGGACGAGGCGGUGGACGUGACCCCGGUCAUGAUCUGCGUGUUCGUGGUCAUGUGCUGCUCCAUGCUGGUGCUGCUUUACUACUUCUACGACCACCUCGUCUACAUUGUCAUCGCGAUUUUCUGCCUGGCCUCCUCCACGGGCCUCUACAGCUGCCUGUCGCCCUUCGUCCGGAGGCUGCCGUUCUGCAAAUGCAGGGUCCCCGAGAACAGCCUGCCAUACUUCCACAAGCGCCCGCAGGUCCGCAUGCUGCUGCUGGCGCUCCUGUGCGUGGCCAUCAGUGUGGCAUGGGGCGUCUUCCGCAAUGAGAACCAGUGGGCCUGGGUCCUUCAGGACACCCUGGGCAUUGCCUUCUGCCUCUACAUGCUGAAGACCAUCCGCCUGCCGACUUUCAAGGCCUGCACGCUGCUGCUGCUGGUGCUCUUUGUCUACGACGUCUUCUUCGUCUUCGUCACGCCCUUCCUGACCAGGAGUGGGAACAGCAUCAUGGUGGAGGUGGCCGCUGGGCCUUCAAACUCGGCCACGCACGAGAAGCUGCCCAUGGUCCUGAAGGUGCCCAGGCUGAACUCUCCGCUGGCCUUGUGUGACCAGCCCUUCUCCAUCCUGGGCUUUGGGGACAUCUUGGUGCCAGGGCUGCUCGUGGCUUACUGCCACAGGUUCGACAUCCAGGUGCAGUCCUCCAGGGUCUACUUCGUGGCCUGCACUAUUGCCUAUGGCAUCGGCCUCCUGGUGACAUUCUUGGCCCUGGCGCUCAUGCAGCACGGCCAGCCCGCCCUCCUCUACCUGGUGCCCUGCACGCUGGUGACAAGCGGCGCCGUAGCACUGUGGCGCCGGGAGCUUGCCAUGUUCUGGACCGGCAGCGGCUUUGCGAAAGACCUACCUCAGCCUCCGUGGGCUCCAGCUCCAGCCAGUGGCCCGCAGCCUCCGAAAGACUCAGAUUCCACCCUCUCCCCACAGCCAAGUGAAGAACUGGUCCAGCCGCCCUCGCCCAAGGAGCUGUCACCAGCGCCGUCCACGUCCGAGCAGACACGGGGGAGCCCAGAUGGCAGCCCCCCGGAACCCACAGGCCAGGCCCAGGCCCCACCCAGCGCCUCGGCGUAGCGCGGGGAGAGGCGCAGGUCCUGGGCCCCUCACACCUGUUGACACCACGCGGAGAUGCGGGACUAGAGGCGCAGAUGCCACGUCGCCCACCGGCCGCCUCCCCCAACAUGGUGCUCGCCCCUCCCGCCGCCCUCCUUGGCCCCGCUGCACUGCGGCCCCUCCAGCCCCGGCCCGGCCCCGGCCGCGGCCUCCCUCGCCCCACGCUCUGCCUGCGGCCUUGAGGGCCCGCUCGGCGCCAUCCACCCGGGAGAGGCCCGACAGCCACGGGCGUGUCCGCGUUUGGUGCUUCCGGCUGCUUCCUUCCUUCACGUUUUUCCUUCUUCCCUACGAGACGUCCUGCUCCUGGGGCAGGAAAGGGGAAGGCUCUGCCUCCCUGGAGGCCGCCUUUGCCGUGCGAAGUCCAGCUGCUCCACAUCUGGGAAGCUGCGCCCGGCCUGCAUCCUUCUCCGUGCUUUAAUAAAUGGUCACGGCUUUUAGGAGUUCUGUAGUGUCACCUUGCGGGCUGUGAGUCGCACACUGCUCUUCUGAUGGGUGGGUGCCAGGCAGGCAGUGGACAGCCCAUGGGCGUCCCUGGAGCCCAGGGAGGAAGGGGCCAGCCGUGGCCAACACACGACGCCCCGUUGCCUGUUUCUUCCGUUGGCUCCAUCCUGCUUCUCAGCGGAGAGGCUCAGGCCAGGGCUGUCCCUGCGUCUCGGGCCAUCACGUGUCCUUAAUCACUUCACGUUCCAGUGCACGCAGCUCGUCUCGUCCAGCUGCUGCAGGCGGCCCGCUUUUCACCUAAACCACCAAGGAGCUUCUGGAACAUGCGAGGAGGAUCUGGAAUUGGUGUCUUGACUUCUACCUCACCGACGGGGUUCUCUGGACCCCUUGACAGAGAUGCCCGUGGUGGAGCCGCCUGACAUCCCCUGGCACGCCGCGUAUCACCACUUUCUGAAGCAGCAUUCCCGCAGCCGAUGGCGGGGCUGUCUGUGGCCCGGGACCCUGCACCUGUCCGCCCCAUCCACGCAGCCUCCAGACUCGAGUCCAGAAAGGUGUUUCUGUUUACGUAAAAGGAAGGCAGAAGCCCUCCAGCCGCACAGUGACAGCCCCGCUCGCUCCCACCCCGUGGCUGUCGAGGUCCUUUCUAGACAGGGGGGACCAUGAUCCGUUCUGAAAAAUACCAGCACCAGAGACCCGCAGCCUCUGACAGCCUCGCUCCUCCAGGGAAAAGUGUUUUUCCUCAAAAAAAAAAAAAAGUGUCUCCCUCCACUGUUUCUGGGUGUUUCUCUGAAAGGACUGGGUGCGCUGGAACAGGAGCGACUGAAUGUCCUCCCCUGGACGCUGCGAGGCCCGGGGCCACCCUGCUUCUGCCGGUCGGACUGCGCCUUAAUUGAAGCCAUUUUCUACGUUGGUGUAAGAGCGGCCGUUUCUCUUUUGUGUGUGUUGGAAACUUGACCAGUGUCAAGGAACUGAAAGGCAAAUGUCACUUCCCAAAGUCUCCGUUUGUAUGUCUGGCCUUGCGUCUGUUUGAAUCUGAUAAUUAAACAGCUUUUGAUACUUA